AUGGCUCUGUGGAUAAUACUUCACCUUGCCUUCCUCGGGGUUGGCACCAUCCAGGCCUUGGUCCAGAAGUCCAGCUUCGGAGAGUCAGCUACUGCGGAGCCAUCUCUUCUUGACCUCAAAUUGCCCCUGGAGGUUCAGGACACCACCCAGAUUCUGAGCACCGGGAGUACACCCCUGCUUGUACAAGUGGAGGUGUUUGUGUCCAACGUAUUCAAUGUGGACAUCCUGCGGUAUACAUUGUCCUCUAUGCUGAUGCUAAGGCUGUCUUGGCUGGACUCUCGCCUGGCCUGGAACACUAGUGCACACCCACGGCAUGCAGUCACACUGCCCUGGGACUCACUCUGGACACCCAAACUCACUAUCCGGGAAGCGCUCUGGGUGGACUGGAAGGACCCGAUGCCUCAGGUUCGAGUAUUCCACGAUGGCCAGGUGGUGCUUAACCUGGCCCUCACCACAGAGACCACCUGCAACUUUGAGCUCCUCCACUUCCCCAGGGACCAGAGCAACUGCAGCCUCAGCUUCUAUGCUUUCAGCAACACAGUGAAGGAGCUGGAGUUCCAGGCCCAUACAAAGAAUGAGAUUAUGGGUGUCAAGAGAGAAUACGUAGUUUAUGAUUUGAAAAUCCAAGUCCCAUCCCAGCAUUCAGUACCCUGCUUCCAGGUGAUGAUGAGCCUGAAGAACACAGCACUAGAGUCCAUCAUAUCGCUGCUGGUACCUGGAGAGGCGCUGCUCUUAGCUGAUGUGUGUGGGGGGCUGCUGCCCCUCCGGGCCACUGAGCGCAUUGCCUACAAGGUGACACUGCUGCUGGGCUACCUCGUCUUCCACUCUUCCCUGGUGCAGGCCCUGCCCAGCUCCUCUUCCUGCAACCCACUGCUCAUUUACUACUUCACAGUCCUGCUGCUGCUGCUCUUCCUCAGCACCAUGGAGACGGUGCUGCUGGCUGGGCUGCUGGCCCGGGACAGCCUUAAGAACAAAAGCAGCCCCAACCCAGUCCCAAGGGAGGAACAGAGAGAUCAGGAGAACCCAGGGCCUAAUUCUGAAGCAUCCUCAAGAGGAGGAAAAGGCUCGAGGAGCUGGGCUGAGGCUGCUGACCACACCUUCUUCCUCAUAUAUGUGGCCAGCGUGGUGUGCAGCCAGUUCCUCUUUGUUGGAAUCUGGAUGUGGGCAACAUGCAAGUCUGACCCAGCCCCUGGUGAGGCUGUUCCCCACGGUGGGCAGCCCAGGCUGUAA